AUGCAGAAACAGCUCGGCCUCAUGCGCACCGAGACCCCGACCAAGUCCGAGAUCAACGCCUCGCUCCAGCGCGAGAGCGACCUCGCGAUCAUCAUCUGCCGGUCGAAGGCAAUGGUUUCUCGCUCGAACGUGCCGGAUCGACUGCAGGAGUGGUUAGCCGCCGCGAGUUGCAGCAACGACGAUUUCGACAUCAUCGGAGAGCCCGCUUCGAAGAAAUUUACGCUCCAGUUCAAGAGUGCCUCUGGCUACGCCUCACGCGAGGUCAGCCAGUGCCUUCCCCAGCCCACGAACGGCCCGAACAGACGGCGCCGUUUCAGUGGAUGGGAUGCAUUCAGCCAAGCAGUGGAGGUGCACGCGUCUGUCGACAAAUCCCUGUACCAAGUCAAGUUCGAAUUGCUUCUCAAGCAGCUGCGCCGCACGACCAACGGGUUGCACCCAAUCGCGGAGCUCUUCGCCGACGAAGCUCGCGGGGAGAUCGCCCACCGUUGGAAGCAGCUGCUCCGCGUUAUCCCUAAUGCUGGCGCUGAUCACAAGGUCGAGUGGGCGCUUGCCAACCUCCGUGAGUUCGGCAUGGACAAGAAUCUCAUCGCAGAGAACAUCCAGCAGCACCCUGCGAACCCACAGCUGACAGAGUGGAGUCUGCAGUCUUUCCUUCCGGCAGCGGUGUGGAUCACUGCCAUAUUCGGGAGCGCUGACAUGUACGACAUGGAACGCGACCUCCCUCAUGUCGUGGGUAAUGCGUUGAAGUCGCUCGUGGAGCUUGAGAGCGACGAUUUCACGCGCUUCGAUGCUGCCCACAGGGCCCUCUGUAAGCGGGGUCGCGACCUCGUCAACCGCUUCGUUCUUACCCGCCUGAUCGAUCGUGAAUUCAGAGUGUUUCCGACCUUCGAUUCCUCGGUCUCGCUGAAGGACCCAGUUCGGUUCAUUCAGCUCUCGAGCGACAUCCGCGCGACGCGCAGAAUCGGCCGCGGGCCUGGCGACGCUGCCAGCCUUGUUCGCGCGCCUCGUUCAACGCGCCCGCUCGGCGUCAAAAACGCGGACUCAAGAGAGAUCGCAGCUGCUUGCGCGCGCGAGCUCGCGAAGGCACUUCUUCGGCGCGUCGACCCGAUGCAGCGCGGAUUCACCCCGACUCUUAACCUCGCCCACGGCGCCCACGAGCCUUCGGACGCCCGCGUGGCAGAAUUCGCGCCUGAGCUUCAGACGCGCGCGCGGGCGCGGCUCGAGCGAGAGUUGCCCAGCUGGGCGAGGCUCAGCAGCGCCCCGCAUCGCACCUACCUCGGGCGAGAGCUCGGCCCUGGCAUCGCGCGCCAGCUGCGGGAAGAUCUGAUCGCGGACACCUGCGUCUCCAGCCAGGGCACAGAGGAAGUUGAACCAUGUCGCUUGAUUCAGUCUUCAGGCCGCCCUGGCAGCACAGUCACCGUGCCGAGGUCCAUCGAUCUCUUGAAUCUGACAUCUGAUUCAGACAUCGACGUCCUCAUCAACCAGAUCGUGUUCGAGGAGCCCCUGAUAUCCGAAGGGAAGAAGGAGACCUUGCGGAAGAUGCUUUACAAGCUCCUCGACAAGAUCGAGAACAAGGAGCAGCAGCGCUUCUAUUUGUUCAAGAUUUUGCGGGCUCAUAUUCUACCGCUUACCAAUUGUGCAUUCAACAAGUCUGGCUCAAAGUUCAUCACUGGCUCCUACGACCGCACAUGCCGAGUUUGGGACACGCUCAGUGGCGACGAGUUGCUGACUUUGGAUGGGCAUAAGAAUGUAGUGUACGCGAUUGCCUUCAACAACCCCUUCGGCGACAAAAUCGUGACAGGACCACUCUUUUCCCUUUGCCGCGCCACCGCGAAUGUCGUUCCUUUCCUGGUGAUGCUGUUUUCACUUCGUGGCGGGACCAUGAUGUCGCCAAUUCUGUCGCAUGUGCUUCUGAGUGUGUUGCAAGAUUGCGCUGAACAGUAG